GCCCACCAAGUCAUCGACGGGAUAUAACGACCACGCUGGAACGCCCCAGAUGUCAUUAGCACAACCAUUAAACCGGAGAACGAAUCCUCUGGUAAGGAAAGAAGGCCGACGAUGACCUUUAGCCGCUUCAGACAGUUGGGGUGGCGCUUGAUUGGUUGGGCGGGCGCUAUGCAGAGCUGUGAGUGCUUCGGGUUUUGCUGAGAAGUUGUGGUGCGACAGGAACAUGCGAGAAGUGCCAUCCUGGCUCGACUAGCCGCUUCAGACAGUUGGGGUGGCGCUGUGCAGAGCUGUGAGUGCUUCAGAUUUUGUGGAGAAGCUGCGGCGCGAUGGCGACAUGCGAAAAGUGCCAUCCUGGCUAGACUAGCCGCUUCAGACAGUUGGGGUGGCGCUUGAUUGGUUGGGUGGGCGCUGUGCAGCCCUGUUAGUGCUUCAGGUUUUGCGGAGAAGCUGUGGUGCGACGGCGACAUGCGAGAAGUUCCGUCCUGGCUAGACUAGGUCAAGGCCUUGGCACCCUGUGCUCGGCAGUUUGGCCCUGUGUCCCAUUGGUACCCAAACGGUCAAGAAUUUCUCUUGCCGUUCUUUGCAGAGACAUCUACUGCAUUUUUGGGAUUCCUUAAGACCAAGGAGGAAGAGGAGGAGGGGGAGGAGGAAAGGCUGAUUGUCCCACGAGCCACCGAUUGUCAACACACAGUUCUCUCCACAGCUAGAGUUUAGUCAACGGAGGAGAUAGCUCUUGAAUGGCGAGUCUUCAGUAAGGAUCUGGGCAACGGAAAAUUACCAUGAUGGAUCUCAAGGCUGGAACAGGAUCAGUUCUCCUUGCUUGGGUAAUUCUUAGUGUAGUUUUUGGGAUAGCGGUAGGGGAGGGAACCGGCGUCAAGGAUGAGAGUAGUGGCAGUCACACCUCUGGGGCAGAGACUAUUGUUUGGAAACGCUGCAGACAAAACUUUACGAUGAACCCCGAUGUUGUUAAGGCGUGCAGUAGCAUCUUGAAUAAUAGCCCAGCAAGUAUUGGCAGUACGAGGAAAAGGAAUGUUGGUUCUUGUCCGAGUAUUCACGACUUUGGCACAGGAAGGUGGUCCUCUGAAAGUCAGAGUCAACAGGGUGUUGAAAGUAAACUGAUCCCAGGAAAUGGAGGCCAAGCCCUUCUUGAAAUUGACGAUGUAACUGCCGAUCCUGUCCGGCCAAGCAUCCUUGCCUAUAGGAUGAAAAUCGUCAUGUCAGAUUCGAAACGAUUCAGCAUGAGUAAUUUCAGUUUCUUGCCCGCUGAUGUCGUUGGAAUCAGCGCCGAAGGUCUAUUUUCCAUGCAAACUGGUGAGUUUUGCAUGGCUGCCUCUGUAGACAAGCCCUGGACAGAUGUGGCUGAUGAACAAGGCUCGGAGCCGGGGGGUAACGACUCGGCCAAUGAUGGAACAGUCUCGGAUCGUCCUGCUGACCAGCCGGACGACGAUCGGAAAGUGACUCUGUCGCUGAAGAUUGAGCAUGCUGGUCUGGGCUCAAAUCACAACAUGAGCCAUAUUUAUGGUGACAUUAAGAGUGUCUAUUCGGAGGGGGACAGCCGUUCGUUCGAGCCAGUUUACGUGGACUUUAAGGUCAUGCCUAGUUUUGAGGAAAUUUUCAUGCUCAAUGUGGCGGGAUGGGUACAGUCUUCUCUGCUGGUCCUUGAGCUUUUAUGCAUAAUCUGGCAGCUGUUUUACAUGCAUAUGCGGCCCGAUCGUGCACCUUGGAUGUCAAUCUUCAUGGUGCUGCUCAUCGUCGUGGUCGGCGUUUAUCGCAUGGCGGGGUCACUCUACGAGGGUACUGUGCCUUGGCGCGACUUCCUUGCCGGUGCAUGGCCAGAGUGCACGUCUGGACUAUAUUGCCAAUGGAGCAGGUGUUCCGGUCCGCACUGCGCUCCAUUCCUGGUAACGACUGCGAUUUCAGCUUUCCUUGCUUUGACUGUCGUCUCUCUGAAUGCCGUAAUGCUCAUCGUGCUAUGGCGAAGUCGCCUCAACCUGUAUCACUCGGCACUCAAAUCGCAUCCGCUGCCUAUCGAGAAACCAGUUCUGUUCCUGUGCGUGCCAUUCUACGUUGUCGGAGUUGUCUUGUCUGCUCUCUAUGGACACAUCGCUUCGUUCCUCAUACUUGUCAAGCUCCAUUUCCUAAUACCUCAAGCUGUUUCGAACGCUCUCUGGGACUCGACGGAGAGGGCCUUGCAUCCCAUUUACAGUGUUGGCGUCACGUUUGCUCUAGCUGCGGAGAUGGUGUUCACGUUCUACAGAGACUUGAACUCCCUCGGUGAAGUCUCGACAGCGACUGUUGUCUGGCUGUUGGGUAAUCCAAGUGUCAUGCUGGUAUUUCUCAUACUGGUCCAUUCACAGCAAUCUUCAUGGGGAGGUCGGUGGUUUAUUCCUCACGGAUGGCUACCUGCAAGGCGGGAAAAGUCGUCCUUGCAGGAGGAGGAGAUUGCGCUUGUUGAAAACCCUGGACAGAGAAGUGAUGGUGGUGUCUAAGUAUUUACAGGCUUCAACAAUGUGCCAAAAGCAAAUGGUAAGAAUGAUUACCCCACCUUGUUCAAUUUUGUGUGACGCAGGUGGCAUUAUCGAGUUGUGUACAAUCCUUGCUAGCUUUGUCCCACUUUGUCCCACACAGUGCGAUCAGGACUGGGACCCGGACCACUGGUUCACCAAAUCAGUGCUCUUGGCAGCCUUGUCACGAAUGUGGCGUUUGGGCGCUGCUCCUUCCCGAGACUCCGCAGGAAUUUGACUUCUAUGUUCUUUCUGUUUCCUCUCCUUUUGUUUCUGCUUUCUGUUUUCUGUCCUUACGUCGCUGUUUAGGUUGAAUGCGCAGUGCGAGCAAAUGCUAAUCUGGAGAAAGAUUGGAAAAAUAAAUCAGAUCAUCAUUCAAUCGGAAUUGACGGACUGAGGUGAUAGUCUCCUUGAUGUGCCAUAAUAAUGCUAACGUCAAGAGGACUGUAUUCGCAAGGGAGGAAGUGCUAUAUGCUGUACCAUGUCGUUAUUGAUUAUUGCGCAAUGCACAUGUGUUCGAUCGUGGAAAACGGUGUGAUGAACUUGUAUGAGUGCGUAUCGAAUUCAGCUUGAAGGUGACCAAUCUGGCAGACAUAAUUUGAAAAGGUUCUUCUUGCAAUUUACUGCAUGAAGGGGUAGCCCAAGGGGCGUUGCGGGUCUAUGGUUAUGCCUAACUACGUUGUUCUAUUGAAAAUGCCACGAUGGGACGAUCGCGUGCAAUGUUAUCCCCAACCGUAUGCUGCCGGUGGGAUGAUUUCUGCCAUCUGAUAAUCGUAGUGCGGUUAGCUUCCGGUGCCAAACUGUGGGGCAUUUCAGGCCAGCGCCGGUACUUCUGCUACGUUGGGGCUGUGGUAUGUUGAAGCCAUGCCUGGUGUGAAUGGCCGUGUUGGGCCCGCUGUGCACAAACUGUGGUUUCCUGAUCACUACUUUCUGGCCUCAGACCUCCUCCGUGCACGCAGGGAUUAGAACCGGCGCCCUAAGAGCCAAGUCUCUUAACCACUACAUCCAUGACAGGUGUACAGGAGUGAAACCAUACCAGUCGUGAUAUCGACCCCACCCCUGCAUGGCUGUAGUGUCCUUACUCACACCACACACAACACUACUCAGGGCUUACCUCCGCCCACACACAGGCAAUUGUCGCACUCUUCGCUCUUCAUCAGCGGAUGACCCGCUGCUGCUGUAUAGUCUUGUCACACAGAUGCAGCUCUUCCGCACGGGUUCCCAUGUGCCGGGACCGUGGUCCUGCUCGAAGAAAAUAGUUUCAAGUGCUGCGGCGUGGGCCUACCGGUUUUGUUUCUUUCUCUGGUAGGGUGGCGGUUUGCCCAGUCACUGCCCAGCACACUGAUUGGCAACUUUCCUUUUUGGGCUGGCCGGCAGCCUGCCUGACCCUUGCCCAGGAGGAUGGGGGGCCCACCAGCCUGUACAAGUAGAGUGUUGGCAGUGCUCCAUGUGAGAGAGUUCAAGCUUUGCAGAGUUGUUGACGGGUUAUGCUGCCUGUAGCAUGCACCCGACAAGUUCGGCGGUGCACCCAGUGAAUGCACAGUGUGAAUGGCUGCGCUGUGCAGGGUGUCGAGUCUGUCGUAUGACUGACGGCCUGUCCAAAGGAAAAGUGGCCAGUUGUGCGCUGGCCUCCCUGUUCCUUUCUGUUCCUUUCUCGUUUAGGCUGGCAGGUGGUCUGUCCUGACCCUGCUGAUCACAAUGGUUGGGAUCUCUGUUUCUGGGCAGUUGAGAUGCCCACCAGGAGCCUGCCCAUCGUGCCCGAAGGCAUGGGCGGACGACAGCUGGCAUGCCCAAGUAGAGUAUUGGCACCACUUGGUGUGAUUUCGAAAUCUGGAGAGUUGUUGAUGAUGGGUUAUGCUGCCCGCCCCUUGCACCUGAUAA